GUGUGUAUUGUCCGUCCUCUUCGUCUCUUAGUUUUACCCACAUCUUCCUGUGAGGUUAUGCAAUUUUGACUAAGUGUUUUGUGACUUUGGUUGCACAAUGGUUCGUAGUUUCGCGCAGUGGACGAAGACUCUGAGUUUUCCAGCUCGCUUGUCUCCUCAGAAGCAAUCUACCCCGAGUAUUCUGCCGGACAAAAAUGCUACCCCAAUCUCAAUAACUCCAGACAUAUCUGACAGUGAAAAGGAUAUCAUGAGCUCUAUGGUUUACUGCAUUCACCACAAGGAAGGAUGUAAAUGGAAUGAUCAACUCCGCAAGCUAAAGGCACAUCUCAACACCUGUAAGCAUGAUGCCAUCCCCUGCACUAAUGCCUGUGGAGCUCAGAUCCCGCGAGUGCUUAUGGAGGACCACCUCAAGUUCACCUGUUCCGAGCGCUUGGCUCGCUGUGAGUUCUGUGGAACUGACCUGCCGGGGGCUGCACUCGAUAAACACACAGGAACAUGUCCCCUGGAACCACUCUAUUGUGAGAACAAGUGUGGAAUGAAACUUCAACGAAGACUGCUCGGUCGUCACAAACAGAGUGAGUGCAACAAGAGGCUCGUUGCUUGUCGCUACUGUACACAGAGCUACGUCGCUGAUACACUACAGACUCACCACUCUGCGUGUCUGCGCGCUCCAGUCCCCUGCCCAAACAGAUGUGAGAUGGGGAUUAUUCCCAGGGAAGACCUGGACAGCCAUCUCAAGGACCAAUGUGCCAGCCUGCUUACCCCUUGCACAUUCAAAGAGGCGGGUUGCAGGUUUAAGGGCUUGAGAGGAAUGGUGAUGGAGAGACAUUUAGAGGAGAACAGCCAACAACAUCUGGCGCUGAUGUGCAGUCUAGUCACCAGACAGCAGCACCAGAUCACCAGUCUCAAGAGUGCUCUGUCCCGGCUGUCUCUCAACCACACAGGUACACUGGUCUGGAAAGUCACAGAGUUCAGUGCCAAGAUGGCGGAGGCUCGUUGCAAGGAGGGUAUGGAGCUGGUCUCUCCUCCGUUCUACACUUCUCAGUUUGGCUACAAGCUGCAAGCAUCGUUGUUCCUGAACGGCAACGGCGCUGGAGAGAACACUCAUCUGUCUCUGUACAUCAAGUUGCUGCCUGGCGAGUACGAUGCAUUGCUCAGGUGGCCGUUCGCUCACUCUGUCGCCUUCACACUCUUUGACCAGAGCGAGAAGGCUUGCAACAUAGUGGAGAGUUUUGUCCCCGAUCCAACAUGGGAAAACUUUCAGCGUCCAAGCAAAGCAAGCGAACCUGACACCCUCGGCUUUGGAUUCCCUAGGUUUGUGUCUCAUGAAAGUCUGGGAAAACGCAACUUUACGAGGGACGAUACACUCUACAUCAGAAUCAAAGUUGACCCCAGCAAGAUUGUUGCCGUGUAAAGCAAUAUUAUACAAAUUCCUGCCAAAGUCAUUAGGUUUAUUUGUUAAUAUGUAUAUUUUUUAAAAUUAUAAUUUAACUAGGCUAUAUAAAUAGGCUAUACUAUAUUCUAAAUUUUGUUUUUGUCUUCAAUUAAUUAUCAAAGUAUUUAAAAUAUUUAUUGAUUGUUCAAUAUUUUUUAUGAUGAGAUGCAUAGCAUUAUUUUAUUAAUAUUAUUAUUAAAGACUCAUUAUUACAGUUUUUUUUAACAUAGAGGAUACGCGUCCGGUAACCGGACGUGGAUAAGGCGUACGGCAAUGACGUCAUGGGGUUGCGGGAGCCUGGAACGCCUUUACCACAACAAUACAAUGACCAGCCAUCGGUGUUCGUGGUGUAGUGGAUAAGGUGCUCGGCUGAUAUGCAAGAGGUCCAGGGUUCGAAUCCCAUUGAUGACUUUAACUUUUUGUCGAAGAGUUUUGCAUUGAAUACCAUUUAUUCUUAACUGUACAUCUUUUAUUAGAAUUUUUGGCAUUUAUAAUUUUUUUUAUAGAGAAAGAAUUUCACCUUAAUUCGAUUUUUUCACUAUCAGCAAGUUUGGUUGGUUAGGUUAGGUUAUGACAGUAAUUGCCGGACGUCUAAUCCACGUCCGGUUACCGGACGCGUAUCCUCUGCCUUUUUUUAAAUGUAAAAAUAGUGAUAAAUAUUAAGACUCCGAAUAUCAUGUGACCUGAAUGUAUCUCUACAACUUUUACUUAAACAAAAUAUGCAUAGUCUAUAUGUUGUAUCUAAAUACUACUUAAUCGUAACUAUUAAGUAGACUAACCAGUGUGCAUUCUAAUCGUAGUUGUUAUUUAGCAAAUCGAUCUCGUAGACCUGCUGCUAGACUUGUACAAGUUUGGUGUAAAUAGAAAAUAAGACCAAAGCAUUUUAUAUUAUUUUUGUAAAUACAUUUUUGUACAAACA